GUUGAGAAUUACAUCUUUUCGAGAGUCUUCUGCCAGCUCGCUCAAGAGUGCCACUGCUCCACAUCUUUUCAACAGGAUUCUAGAUGGAAUGUUCCUCUCAAGACAGGGGAUGGCAAGCAUAUAAAGAAGGAAAAGAUGGCAAAGCAACCAACCCAAACCCGAACCAAAACGAUCUACCAAAUCGAAUCCAUCGAUCUCCUCACACCAAGCAUCACGGUUUGCAAAAUGGUCCGCGGCAACGCAUACCACGGCGCCGGCCAGUCCAACGUCGGCUUCCCGGCCAUCUACGAAGCAGGCGACCAGCGCAACGAGCCGCAGGCUGUGAUUAAUGAACGACACCGGUACGAAGAUGGGAAGGUGGGGAGUCACCAGAACCUAGACUCAAAGGACCAACGUAGUAUCGCGAACAAACUCGCCGCCCAAGAAACCAAACCACACAAGGAACGCCAGCACCAGGAUUUCAAUGCCGAGGCAGAGAUCACCAAGCGGGAUCCUACCCUUCCUGCUAAAAUACACGGCAAUACCCCCUCGAAAGGCGCCCAGAUUGACAAGCAGCUGCAGGAGGAGGAUGAACAGCGGCUGCGCGAGAAGGGGAUCAAAAAGUGAUUCAAUCAAAACAUUAGUGAUAUAGAUUGAGUGUACUUCCUAUAAUGUUCUAGUUUAUAGUAUAUGUAUUAUCAAAAACCGCUUUCCAGUAUUUUUGAA